UAUGACAAGACCAAUCAGGCUGGCUUCACACAUGAGGAUCAGAUCGUAUAUUAAUAACACGUCAGCAGUAUGCCAACUGUGUAUCAGAUGUAGAACAAAAUACAUUGUGUAGCAUAACGUUAGCAGACGACAAAAGCUUCAGAGAGGAGGAAUUUUGUCUGUUUUUUUUUAAGGCCAGUACGAGUGACGUAAAUGCCUAUAUUUUGUUUAUAAGGAUUGUCAAAGUCAAAGAUGAGUCAACAUUUACUUAAGCGAGUCUUGAAGUAUAGCGUUCUUGGCAGUGGGAUUGGAGGUUCCACAUUCUACCUUUGGAAAAAUGACUGGGAGCUGACCAGUAUAGGUGUGGUCAGGUUUGGCCGAGCUGCUUAUGUGGCAAUGCGAAUAGCUGUAGAUUAUAAACUAAGCUUACGGAAUCAAGACAGGUCCUCUCCAGCGUACCAUGAAUUGUUGUCACAGAUACAUUUGCGAUCUGCUCUCAGAUUGCGGGACAUGGUCUGUAAGAAUGGUGGUGUGUUUAUCAAGGUAGGCCAGCAUGUAGGCACACUUGACUAUCUGCUCCCUGAAGAGUAUGUCAGCUCAAUGAAAAUCUUACACAACCAAGCUCCACAGUCAAAACUGGCUGAUCUCCAGAGAGUGGUAGAAGAGGACUUGGGCAAUACGAUAGGGGAGCUGUUUAUAGACUUUGAUUCUGAACCCAUUGGAGCAGCAUCACUUGCCCAGGUCCACAAAGCCACCCUUAAAGAUGGCCAAGUGGUGGCAGUCAAAAUUCAGCAUCCCAAGGUCAGGGCCAGGUCAUAUGUGGACAUCAAAACUAUGGAGCUACUUGUGCGAGGACUAGCCGUAAUGUUUCCAGGAUUCCAGUACUUGUGGCUGGCUGAGGAAACGAGAAAAAAUCUACCUUUAGAAUUGGACUUUCUCAAAGAAGGAGCAAAUUGUGAAACAGUUGCCAAACAGUACAAGCAUUUCAGUUUUUUAAAGGUACCAAAAAUUCUGUGGAACUUGUCAUCAGAACGGGUGCUGACCAUGGAGUAUUUUGAGGGUGGCAAAGUGGAUGAUCGCGAGUACAUGGAAAGUCAUGGUAUAUCUGUCAAUGAGGUGUCGAGGAAGCUGGGAAAACUGUACAGUGAGAUGAUCUUUGUACAGGGCUACGUCCACUGUGAUCCGCAUCCGGGUAAUGUCCUUGUCAGGAACACCAAAGCAGGGGUGGAUAUCAUCCUCCUUGAUCAUGGUCUUUACCAGUCCCUGACUGACGAUUUCCGUCUACACUACUGUAAGAUGUGGAUGGCCAUGAUUAAUGCAGAUGUAGAAGGAAUUAAAGAACAUGCCACUGCGCUCAAUGCUGGAGAUUUUUAUGGAUUAUUUGCUUGCAUGUUAGCAGCUAGAUCUUGGAGUUCUAUAACCUCUGGAAUGAGAAACAGAAAAGUAACAGAGGAAGAGACGGAUGAGAUCAAAGCCAACGCUGCAGAAUUCCUGGUACAAAUAUCUGACCUUCUGAACCGGAUUCCUCGACAAUUGCUUCUUAUCUUGAAGACCAAUGACGUACUGCGGGGAAUAGAAACCUCUCUUCAAACGCGCGCUAAUGCUACGUCCUUUAUAAACAUGUCGCGCUGCUGUGUUCGUGCCGUAGCAGCAGACAGACUUAAGAAUUGUCAGUCUUAUCUUGAAACUUUCAAGGUCAAACUUGGUUGUCAAUGGCAACUAUGUAAACUUGGACUAUACAAAGUGUUCCUGUGGUUACAGUCCUCAUUUCUUGGCAGUCAUAUGUUUAACAUUAGAAAUGCUCUACUUUUAGGAAGAUAACAUAUUGGUCAUUUAGGUAUUAUUAGAUAUGAAAAUAUGUAAUUAUUUAAGUUAGAUCAGAGAGGGUGCUCACACCAAUAGGUAGAUUAACAAAUGAACUACAGUAUUAUAAAAAAAAACCUGAAAUAUUCCAAAUAUUAUUCACCUGUAAAUGGCUUUACCCAACUUUGAAAAUAUUUCAUUAAAAUAGUUUUGCUGUAUUUUUUUCUAGCAACCUAUCUAUUUAAAAAGGUGAAAAGAAAUACCUUGAUUGAAGAAUAAAAUGGUGGAGGACUGAAAUGUUAGACUUACAGAAACUUGUUGAUUAUCUAAAACACUAUUUAGGUAAAAAGAUUAUCAAAUCCAUAAAUAAAAGUGAAUUGAAAUACAUUUUCAAUCAUGGAGUCAUAGAUCAGUUCUAUUGAACUUUAUCAUAUUAAAUCUGGAGUAGCAUAUACAGAAAAAACAAAAGAUGACAGAGUUAAAGAAAAAAAUGAAAUCUGAAGACUUGCUGAUCUCCCCAUUAUGGUACCAUCAAGACAUUAAAAUAGGAAGCAAACUCUUGUUCUAUUCGAUGCAGUGUGUAUAUGCUGUUCGAUACGUCCUGGGUUGAGUGACAUAUGAAAUAUGUAAUUUUGUCACAUCAUUGUACAGGUAAACAAUACAAAUUGCUCACUCAGUCAUAAGUUGACAAAGGCACCAGUCGGUCUUGAAACAUUGUGACAGGUUUACAACGUACAUUGUCUGUGUAAAAAGUAAACCUUUGAUAUUAUAUAUAUACAAACUGAUAAAUCUUUUUGGGGCCGUGUUGGCCAAGUGGUUAAGGCAUCUGACAUUCUGCUACCACUAGCCCUCCACCACUGGGUUGCGGGUUCAAGACCUAC